AAUACGCAUAAUAUUAAUAAUAAUAAAAAUAUUAGUAAUAAUAUAAAUAUAUAAAAAUAUUCAAUCGAUGGCAGAAAACCGCCCCGGCGCCUAUAACUACAAGACACUACUAUGCACACACAUUCCCGAAUUGUUCCUCGAUAAAUUCGUGGCGCGCUCGCAUUUCGGCCGCUUUGGAAAUCUCAUGAAUUUUGUCCUGCAUCCUCGACGGAUGACCUGUACAGUUAGCUAUGCCACCGAGGACGAGGCGGAGCGAGCACUUCACGAAGGCGGUACCUUCCAGGGUCACCGGUUUGAGAUGUCUUAUGCCGAGAAUGAGACCACACCGGCCCAGAAAACUGAGGAAUGGGUUGAUCCCGAUGUCCAGGCUGAGUUGAGUGCUCUGCAAUCAGGCUGGCGUAAUGAAUACGCACCAGGAAAGCCCUCGAAACCAGCACCAGGUGGGGCUCCAGCCAAUACACUUUCAUCGUCGGCCAUAGUCACAAAAAAUCCUCCUGCUGCUAGGGAAAGGCCAGCUGUCCAGCAAAGGGAUCUGGAGAGCAUGAUGCGUAGACCAGCCCACACAAGCGAAGAAAGGUAUCGCGUUCUGGAUGCUCGCGAUAAGCUGUUGCGUAUAAAUCAAAGCCAACGAAAACUGACUGGAGCCACCCAGGGCUAUUGCCCCGAUAUGUGUCCAGAGAAGGAACGCCUGCUAAGGGAAUUUCAACGCCAGGUGGCCAUCUAUGAGCUGCAGCGGGGCUCCAAUGAGUUAAUCUGUCAUGAAAGAGCUAUCAAACAGUACUCGCGCAGCAGUGCCGACCAGGAGACGCCGCUGCCACAUGAACUGCGAAACGAGACCGCCCUGCACAUGACUAUGACCUAUCUGAUGCACGAAAUCAUGGAUAUUAGUGAGCGGCAGGAGUCGCAGUUGGGCGAUUGGUUUCAUUUCGUUUGGGAUCGCACGCGAUCCAUUCGCAAGGAGAUUACCCAGCAGGAGCUGUGCUCGCUGGGCGCUGUCAAAUUGGUAGAGCAGUGUGCCCGCUUUCACAUCCAUUGUACCGCCCGUCUGGUGGCAGCCGAUCCUAGUAUAUUUGACAGCAAAAUUAAUGCUGAAAAUCUAACCAAAUGCCUGCAGACGCUGAAGUACAUGUACCAUGAUCUCCGCUUAAAGGGUGUCCAGUGUCCCAGAGAGCCCGAAUUCCGUGGCUAUAUUGUUUUACUCAAUCUGGCCGAUGCCAAUUUCCUUUGGGAUAUUAGCCAGUUGCCCGCGGAGCUGCAGAGUUGUCCGGAAGUACGUCAGGCCAUUCAGUUCCACUUGGCCCUGCAGGACACAAACUUUGUGCGGUUCUUUCAGAUGGUAAUGGACAAAGAGACCAGCUACCUGAGUGCCUGCAUUCUAGUCACAUACUUUACACAUCUGCGAGUGCAUGCCUUGCGUCGUUUGCUCCUAGCGUAUAGGCAUCCGCGUAGGGAUGAGGUGGCCUCGCUGCCGCUCGCCUACAUCACCGACAUGCUGAGCUUUGCCAGCGAUCAGGAGGCAUCGGAUUUUGUCCAGCACUAUGGAGUAGAAGUUACCGAUGCGGGCAAUGUGGCGUUGAACCCGAUGCCCACGGUGGACACGGAUUACAAGCUGUCACGACAGUUUGAGCUUGUGGAGUCAAAACGCCAGCAGAGUGUGGGCGAAGUGAUUUGCGGUGAACCAUUGCCACCACGAGACCUAUAUCUCAACCACCAACCCCACAAUAGCUUUAACCAGCAUGGAGUACUAAAGAGCAUUGCUUGGGCGGCCAAGGAUCAACUGCCUGGUAUGCAGCAAGAACCUAUGCAGCCACAAAACCCGCCGCAGCCACCGGCAGUGUCAAACCAAAGCGAGAACUUUUUUAAGGUGCCCAUGCAACCGAACGGAAUGACUGCUGGACUUGCAGCUCCAGGCACGAUGGGUGUUCAGCCUGCAGUUCCCAGUGGAGGCUUCAGUUUUGUCCUGCCCAAAUCUCCCGCCCAGGAGCUUCAAGACCAAGCUAUGGCUGAGCAGUACCGACGGAAACUAGAAGAGGCCAAGCAUCAGGCCCUCCAGCAGGCCAUUGCCGCUGCCAAGGAACGGGAAGCCGAGUUAAUGGCCAUACAAGAGGCCAAGUUAGCCGAAGCAGAGCGAUUGCGUCAAGAAAAGGCAAGGAAAUUCCAAGAGGAGCAGCGUCGCAAGCAAGAAGAAAAGCAACGCCAGCAGGAACAGGAAAGGCUACAGCUCGAGCUAGAGCGUCGGAAGGAACUGGAACGUCUGCGUCAGGUGGAGCUGCAGGAAAAAGAGACUCGCGAGAAAGCCAUGGCUUUGGAGUGCUAUCAGGAUAUAUACCAUGAUAGUCUCGUAGAGAUUUGCAAGCGUGAAUUUCAGUUACAUAACAAAGCUUGUCGUAUUUAUGAAUCUGUGUUGGACGUGCUAACGCGUCGUCUGAUCGAGCAGGAGAUGAAGCAAUCCAUACGCGAACUGGGCAUUAUGCGGACCUACGUGAGGCGGUGGAGAAACUACGGGCAUGCCCAACACAAGAAGGAUACACUAUUUAACCAACUACCCUUAAGCUUUGGAGCCGUUAAUCCCACUCUUUUGGUUGAUGAACGCAAUGUAGAGAGCUCAAUGCGUCUAAUCAUACGCUAUAGACUUGGCGAACCCUGCAAUUAUGGCACACUUCUGACUGGCCUGGAGGAGCGGAGUUGGCUGAAGUUAGAUCUUUGGCGUGUUUUAAGCCAGUGCCUGCCGCAAAAGCAACCGGGUGCCAGGCGUUUCUACAAGCUAGUGCUAAAUCUGCCCGGCAGUAAAGUGGGUUUCCAUUUGAGUUACGUUCUGGACAGGGGACUACUGCAGGAGCCACAGGAUACAGGAUCUCAGCUUGCAAAAGGUGGCUACAUCAGGGCGCUUUCCCACGGCAUAGGCUUGAGUGUUGUUAAAGUUCGUGGUAAUUCCCCAGAACUGGAGUCCGCGGAUAUGGCCAAUGCUAAUGGCAUAAUUUGUUUUGCUGAAAAGACAGACUUGCCUCAUCUGCCACAGCGUUUAAAGCAAUUGAUGAGAGUAAGCCACUGCCGAGACGUUGCUUUAAUUGUGGAGCAUCCAGCUGAUAAGGUUUAUGAUGAGACCGAUUUUCCUUACCAGCAUUUAGAGCUGCGCUCUUUUAGGGCCUUUCCCUUUAAAAAAUCCGGAAAAGCACGCGAGCGUUUGAUGACUGAAGUGCAAGCUGCUGUUAAAUUUUUGGCCAAAACAAUGGAAAAAUCUGUGCGACAAUUUCAUGAAGUCGAGAUCAGUGAGUUUCUGCUUGAAAAUCUGGUAUCGGAACUGUUUGGCCGCCUAAAACAUGCUGCUGAGCAGGAUGAAGCUUUUAAAGUGGGUUGCCAGCUGUAUCCUCAGUUUUGUGUACGUCUCUUCAAUGAGGCAAUCGAUCGCCUGCAGUCUGUGGCCGGCGAGGAUAUGAGCGACUGCCAACAGUUUCCCGAGGAGUUGCGCGUCUUUGUCCAGCCUCAGCCCAUCGAAACACCACUGCCCACGAAUCGCCUAGAGUACUUUGAACCAGGAUGGCACUUGUCCGAGCAACGACAACGGAUUGUACAACUUCUGGAAAAUUGUAGACUACCCAACGUGCCGAAAUUAAAGAUGUCGUCAACCCCGUCCGAGGCCCACUGCCUUUGGGUCUUGGAAUAUACACAAAAGACUCAAUGUAAGGAAAGGGUGGACGAGGUUGCCCUGCAGGGUAGCCAAAUAUUGCAAUCGAAUGAUAAUGAUCUGGGUUUCUUGAACUUUAUGGAAUAUUUGGCUGGCGAAAGACUGCAAUAUAUACUGGGACAGGAGACAAAUCUUCCAAAGCGUAUUGUAUACGAUAUGAAUUCGAUGAAAAAACACUUCCUAGGCGCCUGGUACUUCCAGACGAAGGUGCCGCAACUCUUUAUAUCAAAUGUCCAGGAUUGCCCGGAGGUCGAGGACGAGUAUGAGAAUAUGAAGCCACCACAUCGGAUAAAUAAGGACCUCGACUACUACGAGGUCAUGAGCAAGGCGGAGGCUGUUCUAAGCAGAUUCCGCAAGCGUGAGGAGGAACGCUUCACCCUGCGGGACAACAAUGGAUCAUUCGCAAAUCGAAAGAGCACAUCCAAACCAAACCAAACACUUGACACCGAAAACAAUCCGAAGCGCAUGCGCCGCAGCUCAGAUUUUAAUUAAUAACGGUAAUAACCUGUAACAAAUCUAUAUAAAAAUUAUUAUUAUUAAAUUAUGCCUGAUAUUGCCCAAAUGUAAGACAAAAAAACAAACCAUAUUGUAAAUCAAGUUUAGUUUACUUUUAAGUUAAAGACAUAGUUAUAAGUGAGACGACAAAUGGCAAAGGCCAAAAAGAGCGAGACAGUCUAACUUUUUAGUCCGGGAUCCCAACAACGAAAUUCUUAGAAAGUAACUAAAAUGUAUUUGUAAUAAGUUUUAAAUGUAUAAUUUUAGUAUAGCAUUGAGUGGGCCUUGAGUUCCGGAAUGACAGGCCAUGUCAACAUCAGUCAACUAAACAGCUCCGAGGCGAAAGCAUCCGUUUAUCCAAAAUAUUUGUGUUUUCGUUUUUUUUUACUUUGUUUUAAGGUUUUUUUUUACAUUCAAAACCACACAAAAGGAUUUGCCUGGAACAUGAAAAGUAUAGUGGCUCAGACGGAGAACCAGUUGCGGCCCAUGAAGGGUGAGUCUAUGAAUCUAGAUAGGUUCUGAGCAUUGCCCUGGGUUAUCUAUAAAAUCCAUUAAUAAUCCUCUAAGGAUUUUGCAAAUCAUUGAAAGUCUUUGUGUCCUUGGGAGUACUUUAAGAAUCUAGAGCAGUUUUAUUUAUCUUCUUAGGUAGUUUAAAUAAAUUAACAUAAGAAUAUAGUUUGACUAAGGAUAUAGAAUAUAUUUUAUAUGGAAAAUGUACGAGAUUUUAAGAAAUAAUAAAAAGAUUACUUUA